UGAUGAGGCAUUGAGUCUUUUAUAGAUCAGAUGAUGCUAGCAGGCUAACACAUGCUCGGUUUCUAGGAAAGCUAGCUGGUUAGCCAUAGUGUUUCUUGUGAUUGUUUUCGGAGUCUUCAUCUGAUUUAGCAGCUAAUCCAGCACACCACACAGAGAAAUAAGGAUGAAUUAUUCGGAUUACGACUCGGAUGGUUAUUCCUCAAAUGAGGAUGAAGACUAUGUCCCUUCUGAUGAUAAUCUGAGUGAGGAUGACAUGAAUGAAUGUGUGAAGGAGGAUGCACUGGAAGGUGAGGAUCACAAUGAGCAGCAGUCAGAACAUGUGAAGAAGAAAAAGAAGAAAACUAAAGCAGACAUCCCUAUGAGAAAAAGGAAAAAAGGAGGCCUUAAACUGGUAGAAGAUGGUGAGGGAGGUUCGGCAGACCAACAGAAAGAUGAAGAUGAGCCAAAAGAAGAUCAUUUUGUAACCAAGUCAGGAGGUGGCCAUGAAGAUCAGCAGAAGAAGAAAGCAGAUGAUCUUUGGGCUAGUUUUUUGAGUGAUGUCGGCCCUCGACCAAAAGCAUCAGCUCCAAGUGCAGACUCUCAGCAGUCCACAUCUACAGCCGGCACAGAUAAGCCCAGUAAACCCUCUACAGCGUAUCCGCAGCAAGAGGACAAACCUAAAGAAUCCUCCAAAAUCACAAUUACUAAGGUGUUUGAUUUUGCAGGAGAAGAAGUUCGGGUCACCAAAGAGGUGGACGCAGACUCACGGGAGGCCAAGAGUUUUCUGAAGGAGGAGAAGGCAUUGGAGGGGAAAGAAGAGCAGUCAGUGUCCUCUGAGCCACGGCCGUCCGUACCGCUCUCUUCUGGAUCCAGUGUGAAGAGGCCAGCGGGCAUGGGGAGCAUCCUGAAUCGCUUCGGGACCAAAAAGCAGAAGAUGAGCACUUUGGAGAAGUCUAAGAUGGACUGGGAUGCCUUUAAAACAGAGGAGGGCAUUGCAGACGAGCUGGCAAUCCAUAAUCGAGGCAAAGAAGGGUACGUGGAGCGAAAGAACUUCCUGGAGAGAGUGGACCAGCGUCAGUUUCAGCUGGAGAAAAGCGUGCGUCUGAACAACAUGAAACGGUGACAAGAGGAGAGACACAUUCACUGGAUUUUUUUUUUUCAGAUCUCUGGCCUGUAACAGCCCCUCAAAAACUGGUCUGCCUUCACAAUCAACAUGUUAGUUCAUAGACAGCAUCCACACCAUCUUUUUCUUCUUCCACAAUUCCUUUGUCCAGUAUUGCAUGUCUUCUUCAACAUUAAAGAGAAACCACUCAAGAUGUUUGUCUUCUCAAGGACUUUUCCUCAGAAACCCCAUUUUACAAUCCGCGGAAGUACGUCAGACACACCUAACCAUUCAAUGAGAGUGACAUUAAUGAGGAAGAAAACCUCAUCAAGAUAAGAGUUUUCAGCUUAAACUGAAUUAUUUUGCAUAAUUCAUAUCUUUGUUCUGACUUUGAGGCUUUUCGUAACAUAAAUGGCCAAUAUUGCAUCCUGUAGUGAUACUGUCUAUGGAUAAGCAUUCUGGAACAUUGUUCUUUUAUUUGAUGGUUAAAUGGUUCUUUCUGUUUUUUUCCAUGUAUACUUAUUAUUACUGUCUUGAAAAUUUAUUUUGCUAAGAGUGUUUGGUAAUUACCCUGCCGUCAUUUUAAUCGUGUUUCACUGUUUGACAGAAAUAAAUCAUGUCAUUUCGUUCGGACACUUUCUUUUUAAA